UGCGCUCGUAGCAUCUCAUCGCCAAGAUGUCGUCCAACAAGCUCGGCAAGAUGGCCGGCUACAUCAACUACCGGAUGCGCGUGACGCUCCAGGACUCGCGCCAGCUCGUCGGCCAGAUGCUCGCCUACGACCGCCACAUGAACCUCGUCCUGGCCGACACCGAGGAGUUCCGCCGCGUCAAGCGCAAGAACAAGUCGGCCGCUCCCGGCGGCUCGUCGGCCGGCCAGACGAUCGUGCAGGAGGAGAAGAGAACCCUGGGUCUGGUGAUUGCUCGCGGAGCUCACAUCAUUUCCCUGACCGUCGAGUCGCCUCCUCCCGCCGACCCUAGCGCUCGCCUGGGCAAGACCACCACCGGCGGCAUCGCCUCGACUCUGCAGGCUGGCCCUGGCGUUGCCCGACCGGCCGGUCGUGGCGCUGCGGCUCCCAUUUCUCUGGCUGGCCCGGCUGCUGGUGUUGGUGUUGGCGUUCCUCCUCCGGGAUUCCCCUCUUUCCCCGGUGCUCCUGGUGCUCCUGGACCCCCUGGCUUUGGUGGCCGAGGUGCUCGCCAGUUCCCUCCUCCCGCGGGCUUCCCAGGCGCUCCAGGCUUCCCCGGCGCUCCUGGAUUCCCUCCUGGCGGCCCUCCUCCCCCGGGCUUCAACCCCCCUCCUCGACGAUGA